ACGAUAGCUUCAACUACUGAAGCUGAAACAACUGGAGCUCAAACAACAAUAGCUUUAACUACUGAGGCUCAAACAACUGUAGCUCCAACAACAAUUGUUUCAACUACUGAAGCUGAAACAACUGAAGCUUCAACAACUAAAUUUCAAACAUCUAAGGCUACAAUAACCGAGCCUUCAAAAACUACUCCUUUAUGUAUGUGUCCAUGUGUAUGUACAGAUCCAACAGCUGCACCUUCAACCAUUACUACACAACCUUCCACGGCUACAACAGAAAUUCCUAUUGAUACAACCACAGAAUGUAUAUGCACAACGUAUGCUGCUCCUGUCAUGACUACGGCGAGAACUAUACAGUGCAGACAAACUGAAGCAAUAGCAUGUAUAGAUGGCCUGAAGGACCUAAUCGCGAAUGGAUCAGACGGAGAAACAGUGUGUCGUGAAAUUGAAGCGACAAGGGAAUGCAUCUCUAAUAAGACAUUUUCCUGUGAUCAGAAUACCAUACAAGGAGCAUGGGCGUAUUUCAACUCCACAGUUUCAUUAGAACGUAGACAGCAGUGUUAUGUCAAGAUAAACUGCACAGACUUCAUAGAGGUCAUAGAAGGAGGUGGCCCUAAAUACAUGGAAUUGGAUAUUAGGACAUCUCCAACACAGAUAUGUAGAGACAAUAAUCUAGAUGAUGACUGUCUUGUCUCUGUUACAUUUGACCUGGAGUUGGGAGCUCAACCAGCGUGCCGUAAUAAGGAUAAAACGAACAAAGAGACCACCAUCGUAUCCCAAGCGGUGUUUGGUGAGCACACCUAUUCAAAGGGAGACUCAACAUGCGGC